AUGGUGGCUAAAGGUGAUCAACUCAAGGAUAACUCACGUGCAAAAGCAUGGAAACCGACUACACCUGAGGAAAUGAACACGUUUCUUGGGUUGAUUCUUCUUAUGGGCGUUGUUCUCAAACCGCGUAUCCACAUGUAUUGGGCAACUGACGAAUUGGUGUCCACCCCAAUAUUCAGCCAGGCAAUGACAAGGGACCGAUUUCAGUUGAUUCUGAAAUUUUUCCACUUUGCCAAUAAUGAAGAUCGUGAUUUCGAUGCCGAAGACCCAGAGAGGGACAGGCUUCACAAGGUCGGACCUGUGAUUGAAAUGAUUCGUACCCGCAUGGCUCAGGUCUAUUCCCCAGGGAAAAAUCUGAGCAUAGAUGAGUCACUUGUCUUAUACAAGGGGAGACUGGCUUUCAGACAAUUCAUUCGUACGAAGAGAGCACGCUUUGGCAUAAAACUUUACGAACUGUGUACUUCGUCUGGUAUCACCCUUGACUUUAUGGUGUAUUGUGGCAAGGGUAUGAUUGGAGAUGAUGACCCAAACGAUAAUAUGUCUAUCACAGAACGCAUCCCAGCAAACCUGAUGAUUCCGUACUUAGGAGAAGGACAUUGCCUUUUCAUUGAUAACUUUUAUACGUCACCCAAACUGGCAGAUCAUCUUCUGAGGAAUGGUACAUAUGUGUGUGGGACCAUCAAUCCCAAACGCAAGAAUUUCUCUCGUGAAUGUGCUAAUGCUAACCUUGAUAAGGGCGGAGCUGCUUUCUAUAAACAGAACGACAAACAUCUCCUAGGUGUAAAAUUUCGGGCGAUUCAAAACAAAGCGAACAAUCAGCCAAAACUUGUUUGCAUGUUGUCUACUGCCCACAGGACUCUCAUUGAGGACAGUGGGAAAAAGGAUAGGCAAGGUGUUGAUAUCAGGAAGCCAUCGUGCAUCUUGUCAUACAAUAAACAGAUGGGGGGAGUUGAUAGGUUGACCAGCAGCUGCAUGGAAUUCACACCCUCCGCAAGACCUAUAAGUGGUACAGAAAGCUGGUUUUUCGCCUUGCUAUGCAAUCGGCCCUGA